AGCGCGGUGAGUGAGGCGCGCUCGCCGCGCGCAUGCCCAGUGCCCGCCCGCGUAGCCAGGCUCUCCAGCACCGCGCGGUCCAGCCCGUCGGAUCCUGCUGUCUGUCAUGGCGGCCCCCAUCCUGAAAGAUGUAGUGGCCUAUGUUGAAGUGUGGUCAUCCAAUGGAACGGAAAAUUAUUCAAAGACAUUUACAACACAGCUUGUGGAUAUGGGGGCAAAGGUUUCAAAAACUUUUAACAAACAAGUAACUCACGUUAUCUUCAAAGAUGGCUACCAGAGCACUUGGGACAAAGCUCAGAAGAGAGGCGUAAAGCUCGUUUCAGUCCUCUGGGUUGAAAAAUGCAGGACAGCUGGAGCACACAUUGAUGAAUCGUUGUUCCCUGCAGCUAAUACGAAUGAACACUUACCAAGCCUGAUUAAAAAAAAACGUAAAUGUAUGCAGCCCAAAGAUUUUAAUUUUAAAACACCGGAAAAUGAUAAGAGAUUUCAGAAGAAAUUUGAGAAAAUGGCUAAAGAGCUACAAAGGCAAAAAACAAGUCUAGAUGGUGAUGUACCUAUUCUCUUAUUUGAAUCUAAUGGUUCAUUAACAUAUAGUCCUAUAAUUAAAAUUAAUAGUAGUCACCACAGCGCAAUGGAGAAGAGAUUACAAGAGAUGAAGGAGAAAAGGGAAAAUCUUUCCCCCACCUCUUCCCAAAUGAUUCAACAGUCUCAUGAUAAUCCAAGUAACUCUCUGUGUGAAGCACCUUUGAACAUUUCACAUGAUACUUUGUGUUCAGAUGAAUCCAUUGCUGGCUUACACUCGUCUUUUGAUGAUCUUUGUGGAAACUCAGGAUGUGGAAAUCAGGAAAGGAAGUUGGGAGGAUCCAUUAAUGACACUAAAAGUGAUAUGUGUGUUUCUUCACUUGUAUUGAAAACAAAUAAUAUUCAUUCAUCACCAUCUUUCGCUCACCUUGAUAAAUCAAGUCCUCAGAAAUUUCUGAGUAAUCUUUCAAAGGAAGAAAUAAACUUGCAAAGAAAUAUUGUGGGUAAAAUAGUCACCCCUGACCAAAAGCAGGCUGCAGGUAAGUCUCAGGAGACGUUUGAAGAGAAGUAUCGUUUGUCUCCUACGUUGUCUUCAACAAAAGGCCACGUUUUGAUACAUUCAAGACCCAGGAGUUCCUCAGUAAAGAGAAAAAGAGUAUCAUAUGGCUUCCAUUCACCUCCAAAGGAAACAUGCAAGAGAAAGAGGAGCAUCAGGAGAUCUAUCAUGCCGAGGCUGCAGCUGUGCAGGUCAGAAGGCAGCCUGCAGCACAUGGCGGGACCUGCACUCGAGGCUCUUAGCUGUGGGGAGUCUUCAUAUGAUGACUAUUUUUCACCUGAUAAUCUUAAGGAAAGGAAUUCAGAGAAUCUUCCUCCCAAAUCUCAGCUGCCAUCAAACCCUGCUCAGUUCAGCUGCAGAAGUCUUUCUAAAAAGGAGAGAACAAGCAUAUUUGAAAUGUCUGAUUUUUCCUGCGUUGGUAAAAAAACCAGAACAGUUGACAUUACCAGUUUCACAGCAAAAACCAUCUCCAGUCCUCAGAAAACUGCAAAUGGAGAAGGCCGUGCAGCUUUGAGUUGCGUGACUUCUGAGGAAUCCUCUGCCCCUGAAGAAACCUUAAGGUGUUGUAGACAGGCUGAGGCUCAGCAGAAAGAAGGCACAUGCCCAGAGGGCAAUGGCUUUUCUUACACCAUUGAGGACCCCGCUCUUCCAGAAGGACAUGAUGGUGAUUUAACUCCUUUGGAAGGAAUCCUUGAAGAAGUGAAAGAAGCGGUUGGUCUGAAAAGCACACAGGACAAAGGUACCACUUCCAAAAUAUCAAACUCCUCUGAAGGCGAAGCCUCAAGUGAACAUGAGCCACGUUCUGUCGUUGACUGUAGCGUGGAGAGGUCUGCAGAAGAAAAGGAAAACGUGCCCGGAGGAUGCAGUGGAAGUGUUAAAAAUAGACCAACAAGGCAUGAUGUUUUAGAUGGCUCAUGUGACAGCUUUAAGGACCUCAUCAAACCUCAUGAGGAAUUGAAGAAAAGUGGGAAAGGCAAAAAGCCAACAAGAACAUUAGUCAUGACAAGCAUGCCAUCUGAAAAGCAGAAUAUCGUCAUCCAGGUUGUGGGUAAAUUGAAAGGCUUUUCAAUUGCACCAGACGUCUGUGAGACCACAACUCACGUGCUUUCCGGGAAGCCACUUCGCACCCUGAAUGUGCUGCUGGGAAUCGCGCGUGGCUGCUGGGUUCUCUCUUAUGAUUGGGUGCUAUGGUCUUUAGAAUCGGGUCACUGGAUUUCUGAGGAGCCAUUCGAACUGUCUAAUGACUUCCCUGCAGCUCCUCUGUGCCGAAGGGACUGCCACUUGUCUGCAGGGCCGUACCGCGGAACCCUCUUUGCCGACCAGCCAGUGAUGUUUGUCUCGCCUGCCAGCAGCCCCCCAGUGGCCAAGCUCUGUGAACUAGUCCACCUGUGCGGAGGCCGGGUCAGCCAAGUCCCCCGCCAGGCCAGCAUCGUCAUCGGGCCCUACAGCGGAAAGAAGAAAGCAACAGUCAAGUAUCUGUCGGAGAAAUGGGUCUUAGAUUCCAUCACCCAGCACAAGGUCUGUGCCUCUGAAAACUACCUAUUGCCACAAUGACAGUGACCUCACUGGCCUGUGGUGACUGCACAGCUUGCAAAACUGUCUUUGGAUGUUCAAGUGAGAAACAAUUGUGAAGACAAGGAACUGGCGUAUACAAGAUGACUUUUGAUAUCAUGUUUGCCACACGUUGUGGUGCUUAAGAACCCUCAGGUGACUUUCUGAUGACUGAAUUUGUGGUUCAGAAAGGCUUUGGGCCUUUUUUUUUUUUUUUUGAGAUAGACUCUCACUCUGUCACCCAGGCUGGAGUGCAGUGGCACAAUGUCGGCUCACUGCAACCUCCACCUCCCGGGUUCAAGCGAUUCUCCUGCCUCAGCCUCCUGAGUAGCUAGGACUACAGGCAUGUGCCACCAUGCCCCGCUAAUUUUUGUAUUUUUGGUAGAGACGGGGUUUCACCAUGUUGGCAAGGCUGGUCUCAAAUGCCUGACCUCAGGUGAUCUGUCAGGCCUCUUCUAUAGAAUUCCAGUCUUUGUAUCUUAGUAAUGAUCAUAAUUGAAAGGUCACAGAACCUUUGUCAUUAGAACACAGUACUGCCAAAUAAAGAAUGGAAAUUCAUUGACAUUGUUUUAUUACUGAGAACAACUAGAGAGCUCUGAAAGUUUCUUGGUUUAGACUUGAAGAUCUUUAUUAAUACAUUAUCUGUUAGGUAGGAAAGACAUUUGUCAGUUAUUAAGGUGACUUUUAUCUAGCGGAGAUUCCUCUCUCAAAGUAAUGAAAGGAGAUAGGUAUGGGGGGUGUUAUACAGGAUGAUUGGUGCCAUCUGAGUGUCUUACUUCUGCAAGCUUGCUUUAUGCUGAACAAAGCAUCACCAACAAGGGAUCACAACGUCCAUUGGCCACGUUUUGACUGCCGUCCUCGAGAGGAAAUUGGCAGCUGGGGCUGAUUCAUAGAAACACCGAUUUGUGGCUGAGCACGGCGGCUCACGCCUGUAAUCCCAGCCCUUUAGGAGGCCGAGGUGGACAGAUCAUUGAGGUCAGGAGCUCGAGACCAGCCUGGCCAACGUGGCAAGACCCCAUCUCUACUAAAAAUACAAAAAUCAGCUGGGUGUGGUGGCGCACACCUGUGGUCCCAGCUCCUCAGGAGGCCGAGGCAGGAGAAUCGCUUGAACCCAGGAGGCGGAGGUUGCAGUGAGCUGAGGUUGCAGUGAAUCAAGAUUGCUCCACUGCACUCCAGCCUGGACGACAGAGCAACUCUCCAUCUCAAAUAAAUAAAUGAAUAAGAAACACUGAUGUGUCUGUCACCUUCUAAACAAAUGAAAUGCUAGGAAGUCCUAGCCAGAGUGGUCAGGCAAGAAUAAGCCAUAAAAGGCAUCCAAAUAGGAAAAGAAGUCAAACUGUCUCUGUUCACUGCCAAUAUGAUUCUAUACCUAGAAAACCCUAAAGACUCUGCCAAAAGGCUCCUGGAACCGAUAAACGACUUCAGUAAAGUUUCAGGAUAGAAAAUCCAUGUACAAAAACCACCAUUUCCAUACACAAUAACAUUCAAGCUGAGCACCAAAUCAAGAACGCAAUCCCAUUUCCAAUAGCCAUGGAAUGAAAUACCUAGGAACACAUAUAACCAAGGAGGUGAAGGAUCUCUACAAGAACCAUAAACGAGAUGCUGAGUCCUAGCGAGGUCGAAGGUGCCACUGAGCCCUCACUGUGGUGCUGUUCCCACUCCAGGUUAUCUAUCUGUUGCUCAUCUCAGCUGUUGUCCCUACCUCCAAUUUCAAGUCCCUCAACAGAUAUAACAGAUCAACUUCUAGAAUGAACCUUUGAGAAGGGACGUAGCAGUGCAUGCUAUAGAAAUUGGCAUUCUAUAGAAAACCAUAGAAACUGGAAAUCAUGAAGGGUUUUCUCUUGGUUUUAAAAUAAUGCAUACACCCAAAUCAUCCCCUCAUGAUACUCAUCCUCUAACAGCAAUUGAACUUCAAUACAAUGCGUCAUUCCUGAGUCCACUCGCUUCACAUUACAUUUCUCUAUAACCACAAGCAUCCUGGCUUGGUGGCGCUCCCACAGCACCAAAAAUCCCUGAGGAGGCUGACAAACAUUCUGCUGACUCAUGCUGGGGACAAGCCACAGAGAACUUCCAUCACCCACCACAUCAGCCAUGGAGCCAGCCCAAUCUUUGCCCACCCAGGCCUCAGUCCUCAAUGUUAAGUUCUGAUCCCUGAUGCUGGCCUGCCAGUGGCCAGUCAAGAUUCUCUUUCUGAAAGCUAAUAUUUUAUGAGGACUAACUGUUGCUAGACAUUACGCUAAGCAUAUUACAUGUUGUACUUCAUUUUACCCUUCCAACAAUCCUAUUAGUAGCUUACUGUGGGUCUGCAAAGUCUUACUCAAAACAUAUAGGACUAGAGGUUCUCAGGAUUCUGAAUCAUUUUUAAUUUUUUUAAAGGCUUAUGGCUCUCACCACUUUUAUUCAAUGUUGUAUUAAAGAUUCUACCCAGGGAAGGCAAUAAAAGGAAAUUAAAGCUAUACAGAUUGGAAGUGAAGAAAUAAAAGUCUUUAUUCUCAAGAAUAUAAGGCACUAUAUAUAGAAAUUGUAAAGAAUGAAAAAAAAAAAACCCCUACAAGAACUUAUAACAAGUUUAGCAA